AUGGCGAGCAACUCGAUGAACCAGCGAGAGCCCAAGGACACCGUCGACUACGGCGAUGAAGACCUCGGAGAAGAGGAGCAGAGCAAGCCAGCGGGGAUGAGGCUUCCAGUUGGCGAGGAAGACAGCCGCCAACACGGCAAAGAAGCAGAAGAAGACAGCCACCAGUACGGCGAGGCUGAAGACGAGCCGCCCGCAGAGCACAACAAGAGGGAAAAGCGCGGCACGGAAGAGGGACGGCCUCGGUUCCAGACUCGCGCGGAGUUGGAACGCAGCAUCCAGACGAGGAUCGCGGCUGCCGAGGCCAAGGCCAGAGCAGAGGGGAGGGCGGAGGGGAGGGCGGAGGGGAAGGCGUUGAUGGGGCUUGAGGUGGAUGAUGCCUAUGCAGAGGGCUUCCAUGACGGGCUGCGCGAAGCGGAGGCGAUCAUUGCAAGGACGAACCCUAGAGCCUAUCAGUCCUUCGCUCAAUCCGCCGCAGCGCCAUCUUCGUCGCUGCCGCCGCCGUCCUCCGGCCCAUUCGAGCAGCCCCCGGCUCCUUAUGGUCCUGAUGGACCGCGUCGGCGUCGCUGA